CCGCCGCCGUCAGUCGCCGCCGCGCGCCAGCGAGGACGAGCCUGCGGCCCCGGCGGCCCGCGUGCCCGACCCGGAAGGCGGCGCCGGCGCCCCGCGACCCCGCGCGCUUGGGGCCCGCGCGGCGAGGAGGCGGCCUGGACCCCGCGGCGCCCUCGGCCUGGGAGCGGCGAGCGCAGAACGGACCACCUCUGAGUGCUGGGGGCCUCCUCGGACGAGGUGACCCAGGUGCAGAGCCAGGGGGAGCCUGGGACAGAGCAGCUCUUCAGGGAGGGAUGGGCCCAAAGAACCAGCAGAAUCUUAUGAAACCAAAGCCUGAAGAACUAUAAGUCUGUGAGAAAAGUACAUCUGUGACCGUUUCCUAGAACAUGGACAUAAAUACAGCCAGACAGCUUGGUUCCUAAUCAGCCCAAAGGUACGCAUCUGAAGGCCUCGACGGCUCAGGAUGGGGAACCACGCAGGGAAGCGAGACUUAGGUGCCGAGAAGGGAAAUAAGGAUGGUGAAACUAACGGAGGAGAAUCUGAAAAAAAGAGAAACCUUCGUAACCUUUCCCGGGAGACCUCAGAAGACAGUGACGUGUUUGAUGUGGACCAGAACAAUGGGACCCCCUUGCAGGACACAGCGGUGACAGACUCCAAGCGCACAGCGGGCCCGAAGAAUGCCUGGCCGGAUGCCAACCCAGCUGACCCCGGGGGCCGCCCCCAUUUGAUCCGCCUCUUUUCCCGAGAUGCCCCAGGGAGGGAGGACAACACCUUCAAAGACCGGCCCUCAGAGUCAGACGAGCUCCAGACCAUCCAAGAAGACAGCGCAGCUGCUCCCGAGGGCCUGGAUGUGAUGGCGGCUCAGAAGAGACCCUCCCAGAGAUCCAAGUACCUGGCCUCGGCAAGCACCAUGGACCACGCCAGGCACGGCUUCCUCCCCAGACACAGGGACACGGGCAUCCUCGACUCCCUCGGCCGCUUCUUUGGCGCGGACAGGGGUGCACCCAAGCGGGGCUCAGGCAAGGUGAGCUCUGAGGAGUAGAGGCGCAUGCAGGUCGUGCCUCCCAGGUGGUGUAAGCGGAAAAGGAAGGGACUCUGCAGGUGAACUCAGCCGUUAGAGGGAGUACAGCCUCCGUGCUGUCUGGGGAAACGUGUUGUCCUUGCUGGAGAUGCUUACGGGUUCCUGGGAGGGGCCUGGGUCACGGCUUUCGAUUUUUCCACCCUCUCUCCCCUGCUCACCAGGGAUGCAGUCAGGAUGUGGUCCGGGAAAGGAGGACGUUCUGAAUUCACAUCUCCAGGGUGGUGUGGACGUGGGCACUGUGGUCUUUUGUGUCUUAUGCUUGGGGGCUUUAGGGCUGACGUGGCUUCUGCUGCCCCCGCUUCGGGGCUCCACAUUGGGCUAUUGCCAACGUUUUCCUGGACUCAGUGCCGCUAGCUUCGUGUUGCUCUGCAACAAUGAUGUGAUUGAGGACUUUGGAACAAACUCGAAAUUUAAAUUCGCCUUGAGCAGACGUUCUCUUUUGUCUGAGUUGUUUAGGGAAAUAAAUGAGUGUGAGGGAUUAAAUGAGUGCGUCUGUGAAUCAAAACUGUAUUAGUUUGUUAUUCCAUUCAUUUGAAUGUAGAAUUUGUGAAGUUUCAUUAUUUAAAUGUUCUGUAGAUAAAAAUGUGUCACAGGAGAAAAUUGCUCCUAUUGUGGUCCGGUUUGUGAAAGUGGCUUCUGGACUAGAUUGUGAAGAGAUCAUCUGUGGCUGAUGCGUCAUUGAAAAGCUAAUCCCCAAGUGGCAUUCCGACAGCAAACACAUGGCAUGCGCGGCACCUGGAGUUUAGAGUGUUGGAUAGCUGGGUGAUUUUGGAAGGAGUGAGGUUUUUCAAAAAAGCCCCUGGUUUAUUGGGUGUGCUCACAAAACACCUAAGAUGCAGCUUUGCUUCUGGCUGUGCCCUGUGCUUAUUCUGAAAGGCCUUUGGGAAGUUGUAAGGGGCUUUGAGUCGAGUGUGGAGCAGAGGCCCUUUCAUCGUGGUCCUAUAACAUCAUCAACACUGGGGCACUGGGAGUUCAGGGGUUUCUCGAAUUUGCUUUAGUCUCUAACUACAGUUCUUAAAAUUAGUGACGAUCCUGAAAUGGUUGGAGAUAAACACAGAUGUCAGCUGCGCCUUUCGUGUGGUGUUAAAGGAGCGCUGAGCUUUCGGGGACCUGCUGGGAGCUGAGAUCUGUCACGUGACACGUGGCAGGACUUCCUGUGAAUAACUCCAUGUACCUUUUGUGCUUAUAGAAUUCAUUUUCUGAUUGGUUUCUUCAGUGUCCUGUAGUUGGGGGCAGUCUUCCCUCACCCUGAAAUGUGGGUCCUCUAACCUAUUUCUAAUGCCGAUUUCCAUCCGAGAUGCUUUAUCAAGCACGGCUAGCAAACCACACCAGACCCUGACUGCCUAACCAAGUCUUGUUAUUAUGCAAAGCACCCCGUAUGCAUGCUGCGUCGACAGUUUUGAAACCUUAAACUCUUCUGCUUAACCCAAAGAACAGGAAAAAUAGAUUUAAACUGUGCAGAAGAGAUGAAGCGGUUGGAUAUAGCAUAUCUUGCAAAACAAGCUUCAUUUCGGUGGUAAUGGGUUAAGUUAAAAUCAAAUCGUGAAGCGUUUGUGUCGACUGUUGUGACCUCAUCUCACAAUGAGUAUAUAUUAGACAUGCCUGUUUUUCUUCCUUUAUGUAAAAGUACAACUUUGAUUGCAUCAAGUCUGAUAUUCUUCAACAUUUUCAAAGAAAAGAUUCCAGCCUCAGAAGUAGGCAUCCACUUCACAAAGUAGUCUUGCUAGGUUAUCAAGGAUUCAGAGAAAUCAAAACAUUUUCACAGGAUUUUUAAACAUAAAAACAACGUUUAAAUAAUGGAUUUAGAACUUUUGAAGUAUCAAUUCUGUUCACUACUGUAUGUUGAGUAAAGAAGAUUUUCGAAUGAGCAGCCUUGCCCUUUGAUGCCAAAGAAAUCCAUUAGAGUUCGAAUGCAAAAUCAUAUCCGUAGUUGCUUAUUGCAAACCCAGGCUAGGGAUACAUUCCUGUCGAGUAGCUUUGCUGGAAAUGCGCAGUGGGCCUUACUGGCAGCCUUACUCAGCUCACCUGUCUUACUGUGGAUUCUUUGUUCACUUUUAAACGCUGGAGGAGUAAGCAUCACACACUCUACACCCAGUGACACACCCGCAAUGGCCUAGAAGCCCGCGGUAUUCAUUGGUGUGGGCUUCUCUUCUGGGUUUGAUCUUCGUUUUGCUCUGCUGUAUAUGAAUCAGGAGAGCCCUCCUUGUAUUAGGUGCUAGAAAGGUCCUUUGGAUUGAAGCGUGUGAAACUGAUGGGAGCCCUUGGCUCCCGGAACAGGGGCUGUUUGUCGCCUGCCCCCCUCCUCCGAGGGCACGUGGGGUGGCCCCUGGGUGAGCAGCGGCAGCGCCCCCUGCCCUGGGAAUGCACCAGCACACUCACCCUCUGUGCGGCCGGGAGUUGACAUUCGAGCAGAGCGCUCACAAAUUCCUUGAGGCGGCAUAUACUUCCGAGAGAGCCGUACAUGAAACGUGCAUUCACGAGACCACGCGCCUUUGUGGCAGGAAGAAAGAAAGGCGGAUUGUUGCCUUUAAGAACCAGGUUUCCAAGUCCCUGGAACCUGGGGCCCUGUGAGGAAUGGGCGGGUGGUCAGGACGGAGAUGCCACUGCGUUUGGUCAGUUUUAGCGGGUGGAGGGGGUCCCCUAAGCUGCCCCACCUACCCACCCGUCAGACCCGCCGCUCCGGGGCCAGCGCUGUACCCUCAGGCUUAACAGCAACAUCGUGACCCGUUAGCUUGGGCAAUAGCCAGGGUGGCCGCAAUGAUGUGACACCCGGACACCCCCCAGUAGGGAUGCAAGGGGACAGGCCUGUACCGCCGUCCUCUGCAUCAGUCUGCUUUCCUACAGGUGUUUUACAGCAGGUUUCUGUACUGGUGGUUAUACCUGUUUUCCUCUGUUGACUACAGUCAGAGCUGCAUUUACAACCUGCUGCUCUCAGCAUCCGUCUGUCGUCAGCAUGCAGCAUGACCUCCCUGCCUCUAACCUUGUGUGGGAUAAGAAUGCUUGCUGUCAUUCAGUGCCCUGGGGUCUAAGCAGUCUUGCAAGUUAAUCACAAUGUUCUCUUUCCUGCCUUUUUUUCCACUGCAUUUCAAUUUCACUGAACACAUUUUAGUUCUACGGUAACAACUCCUCACCGUUAACAUGGCACCCUAAUGUCAGAGAUGUAUUCUGUAACCCCCCGGGGAGGGUGACAGUUGGAGGUGACAGGAAGGACACGGCAGGCAGUGUCUGAGCAGGGUGCCCCGCCCCGUGUGAGUCUAGCCCUGAAGUCGGGGCCGGCGGAGCUGCACUCGCUCAUUUCAGCCGAGAGUGUCCACUCUCGAUGCAGCGAUGCACGAAACACGGAUCUCAGCUAACGUGCGUCUACGUGGCCACGACCCAGCCGCUCAGUACAUCCGUUUGCCAAGAGUCUUUCUAGAGAAAGAUCCCUGUAUGCUGGGUAUAUGUGUUUCUGCGCCCAAACACUUGUUGAGAUUUCCUACAGGAAUUCCUUCUGACGUGUCAUUCCCCUGAUCAGUUAGGGAGCCAUUACUGAUCGGCUCCCAGCGCUUUGCUGUGUCCUCCUGUGGUCUCACUCCUCCGCUGUCUUUAACCAGGCGAGAGGGAAAUCGGAAUGGUGCGCCCCUGUGUUGGCAGCCUUUGGCUGCGUCCUCUGAGUGAAACGUUUGUAGAUUAUGUUGAUGUAUUUAAUGCUGAUUGCCUUCUGUGAUUGUAUUCCGAUUUGAUUUUGUGAUGACCUUUUUGCUUUUUAUAUAUUUCUUCCUUUUUAUGCAUUUAUUAAACAUUUUAACAGACUAA